UCAUGUAGCACAGAGAAAGAGGUGUGGCUCAAUUUUUACACCCACGCACACCUCAAAAUGAAGGUUGUGUCUGGUGUUGUCUCAAUCAUUACAGGUCUUGUUACAUGUCUGGCACUUUCUUAUUUUGUUUUAUUUCUCAACAAUUGGCAACCAAGUCCUUCUUUGCCAAGUAUUGAUCACAAGCCCCAAGCCAUUGCUUCACUGUUGCUAGUUCCUAGCUCACCAACAGCAAAUAACAUACUUCUUAUGCUGCUCUUUACAUUGCCACAUACGUUAAUAACAUUUGAAAGUGUUAAAAGGCUGCUAAUUAAUUACUUGCUCUGCUCUGAAAAGAAGUAUUACUUGCUUUUCUAUUCGUUCUGGGCUUCAGUGUCUCUCCUAUUUUUAUAUACAUUCUGGAGUCCAUCAACCAGUGAGGUUUGGUCUAUCAGACUUAAUUGGGCUGCAUUAGCUGUGCAUGCUCUUCAAGGCAUUUUCUUGAUCUUGUAUUUAUAUUCUCUUCUCUCGACGGAAAUUCUUGGCAACUUUGGGCUUGUUUGGUUUGUGAAAUCAACGCUCGGGUUGUCAAAAAUAAAGAAAGAAAAGGGUGGAAAGGAGAACAAGCUAGUAAUUAGUGGUAUCUACGGUGUAGUUAGGCACCCAUUGAUGACCUGUACUAUUGCUAUGAUGUGGCUGACGCCAACAAUGACUAUAGGUCAUCUCUUCCUAGCAGCUCUUUUUACUUUAUACAUAGUCCUAGCUGUUAGAUUCUCUGAAGAACCAAAACUGAUUAAAGAAUACGGAAUAGCCUAUACUAACUAUCAGAGGAAAGUCCCGUGUCAGUUAAUACCUGGCAUAUACUGAAUGAACUGAUGGGUUUUUGUUUUUGCUUGUCACGGAAUUUGUGACAAUGAAACUAAUUGAUUUUUGCUUAUCACAGAUUUUGUGACAAUGGUUUUUGCUUGUCACAGAUUUCGUGACAAUGCAACAAAUGUGUUUACUAUAAAUUAUUUAUUUAUUAAACCCAAUAAAAUUGGUGAUUUAUUAUUCCAAAAAUCAUUAUAAAAAAUA